ACCCACAAACAUUACCAAUUUACCAUGAAGACCAACUGAAGUCUCCCAUCCCUGUCGCGCGCAGAACAGUUAAAACAGACUUCACUUCCCAAAAUGACCUCAACGAUGUCCCACCACCAACCUCUCUCCCCGUUGUCAGAUUCCGACGCCGACUCUGACACCAGCCCCACCGCCUCCGGCGGAGCCGGAGACCUCCGCCACGACGACCUAUCUGACACCAUCUUCAGAUCCUACAUCGAGAUCACAGGCCGUUCAUCACCCGACCUCGCCAAGAUCCAAUCUUUCCUCACAUCAUCGCGCUCCGGCGCCCUAUCGUGCCUCAUAUGCCUCGAGCGCAUCCGUUUGUCCGAUCCCACCUGGUCCUGCACAUCACGCUGCUUCGCCGUCUUCCACCUCCUCUGCAUCCAGAGCUGGGCCCGCCAGUCCUCCGACCUCUCCGCCGUCCGCGCCGUCUCCCGUCUCCCCAUCUCCGCCUCCAAAGCCGCCGAAGACUCCCUCUGGAACUGCCCCAAAUGCCGAAUCGAGUACUCCAAAACCCUAAUCCCCAAAUACUAUUACUGUUUCUGUGGAAAAUUAGAAAACCCUCCCAACGAUCCAUGGAUUCUACCGCAUUCUUGCGGCGAGAUCUGUAAUCGACCGUUGAAGUACACUUGCGGUCACUACUGUUUACUCUUAUGCCAUCCCGGACCGUGCCCCGCUUGCCCGAAGCUCGUGAAAACACGAUGUUUCUGCAGCGCCGUCGAGGAAGUUCGGCGGUGUGGAUUCAAGAAUUUCUCAUGUAAUGGCGUUUGUUCGUCGGUAUUGGAUUGCGGGACUCACCGGUGCAAAGAAAUUUGCCACGAGGGUCAGUGCCCUCCGUGCAGAGCUCGUGGGGUUUACAGGUGCCAAUGUGGGAAGGUGGAGGAGGAAAGGGAGUGUUUUGAUCGGAAUUUUCGCUGCGAAGCUCCUUGCGAGAAGUCGCUUGAUUGCGGGAAGCAUUUGUGUAGCAGAGGGUGUCAUUCUGGCGAGUGUGGGAAGUGUCCGCUUCAGGGUAAGCGGGCGUGCCCGUGUGGGAAGAGAGCUUAUGAAGGGAUGGCCUGUGAUGUUUUGGUGCCGUUGUGCGGAGGGACUUGUGAUAAGAUGUUGAGUUGUGGUUUUCAUAGGUGCCCGGAGCGGUGUCACCGUGGACAUUGUGUUGAGACUUGUAGAAUUGUCGUCAUCAAGUCGUGCCGGUGUGGUACCUUGAAGAAAGAGGUUCCUUGUUAUCAAGAUUUGGCAUGUGAGAGGAAGUGUCAGAUAUUACGGGAUUGUGGUCGCCAUGCUUGUAAGCGUCGCUGCUGUGAUGGAGACUGUCCGCCAUGCUCUGAGGUUUGUGACAGGAAGCUUCGGUGUAGGAACCACAAAUGCCCUGCUCCGUGCCAUAGAGGUGCCUGUGCUCCUUGCCCCGUGAUGGUGACACUUUCAUGUGCAUGCGGCAAGACAAACUUUGAGGUUCCUUGUGGUACUGAAAAAGACCAAAUGCCUCCUAAAUGUCGCAAACCAUGUCAUGUAACUCCUUUAUGCAGGCAUGGAUCAAUUUGCAAGCCACACAAGUGCCAUUAUGGAUCUUGCCCCCCAUGUCGGCUAAUUUGUGAAGAAGAAUACCCAUGUGGCCAUAAGUGCAAAUUGAGGUGUCAUGGACCUAAACCUCCACCUAAUCCGGAAUUCACAUUGAAACCAAAGAAAAAGAAGUCAAAUCAUCAGAGUGAAUGUACUCCAGGUUCGCCAUGCCCUCCAUGCCCAGAACUUGUUUGGAGGUCAUGUAUUGGCCAACACAUUGGAGCAGAUAGAAUGAUGGUCUGCUCUGAUAAAACAAAAUUUUAUUGUGACAACUUGUGUGGAAAUCUCCUUCCUUGUGGCAAUCAUUUCUGUACUAAAACAUGUCAUGCUCUGAAGAAUCAGUCAUCAACAUCAGGUUCGCGUGAAAGAGGCGAGCCUUGCGAGAAGUGCACUUUAUCUUGCCAAAAGGAGAGGCAGCCUGCUUGUCAGCAUCCUUGCCCCCUACCAUGUCAUCCUGGAGAAUGUCCCCCUUGCAAAGUGCUGGUAAAAAGAUCGUGUCACUGUGGUUCGAUGGUCCAUGCUUUUGAUUGCAUAUAUUACAACAGAUUGUCUGCAGAGGAGCAAAUGAAUGUUCGUUCAUGUGUGGGACCUUGCCAUAGAAAAUUACCAAAUUGCACACAUCUAUGCCCGGAGAUAUGUCAUCCUGGUCAAUGUCCGGCACCUGAAAAGUGCUCUAAAAAGGUUACUGUUCGUUGUGGAUGCCAAACCUUGAAAAGGGAGUGGCUAUGUCGAAAUGUUCAAGCGGCCUAUUGCAAUGCUGGUGUUGAUCCCAAAGACGUAUCAAAAAAUCAAUAUGGACUGAGACUGCUUCCUUGCAAUUCAGAUUGCAAGAGUAAAGAGAAGGUUGUUGAUUCAGAGUUGCAACUCCGUAAAUCUAAAAUUUUGGAGAAGAAAGAGCCAAAUGCUGAAAACAACAUACCAAAGCGCAGAAAAAGACGCGAACGGGUACAAGACGCCAAGCAAAUUUCAAGAUUACAGAAAACUAUUGCCACUGUGAGGAAGUUUCUUCUGUUUCUUGUCAUCGCGGUGACUUUGAUUGCAUCAAUAUAUUGCGGUUACAAGGGCCUUUUGUGGCUCUCUGAUUGGAUGAAUGAAGUUGAAGUACAAAGACAAAAAAGAAGAUUUCCGCGAAAUUGAUCGAUCUGAAGCUAUUUUAUGCUUGAGUUCUGGUUGAUUGACAUGAAGGUCAGUACAUUGAACUCCAAUAGAAAUUAAUCAAUUACACAAUUCUUUCAUUUAUUUAUUCAAGUUAUUUUUCCCCUUUAGUUAGGCAAGGGAUAAUACUGACAGAAGUCACAUAAUAUGUUCUGUAAAGUUUGGAAGACUGAUCUGAAGCUAUUUUCCUUUAUUUUUUCCUUUAGUUAGGCAAGAAAAUAUUAUGUUUUGACUC